AAAAAAAAAAAAAUCUUUUGAAGUUUCUUAUUCUUGGAUUUUUCGUCUUUGUGGUUUCAUGUGUUAUCUUGAUUAGAUGUUUACAACAAUAUAUGAAUGCAUACAAGAUCUUUUUGCUAUCAUAUGUUGUUUGAUAGCUUCAUUUCAGACAAAAAUCACAAAAGGUUCACAUAGUUUUCUUCCUCUCUGAAAUAGUCAUAUUUACACACCCUUUUUUUAUCCAAGUCCAGAUGAUCCAGAUUUAUAGAUGCAUGAACCAACAUCAGUUUUGUACAACUUUAUCUACAUACUUCUUUGAGGUAAGUUAUUGCUUCUUUUUAUUUAUUUCUCAAGACUUUGUUCUAUCACAUCUUCAAGUGUUCAUUUCAUACUACUUGCAUUACUCUCCCUUUCUAGAUAACUAUAUAUUAGAUUGGGCUGAGUUUGUGUUAAUCCCUUGUUCUCUAUGAUCAUGAUCCUUAAAGGGAUGAUCCAUCCUAACGGUAACAUACUUAUUCAAACCCUGUCAAGAUUACAUUUAGAUAUUUUGAUAUAUAUAAUGCAAUUGCUUUCUCUGAAGACAAGUAAUGAGUGCCUAACCACAAUCUUUAGACAGAUUACGCCCUUCUAUUAUUUUAUUCCAAACCUUACAACUUCUUCCCACCAACUAACUUAUGAGUUUUAUUCCAAACCUUACAACUUCCAUUGUUCUAAGAAAGCAAAGUUUGACAUUGUUCUUUUGUUUCCAAAUAUGAUCUGCACGGAGUCAAAUCACCAGCGUAUUUCCUUCUCCAGUGAUCUUGGCCAAUCAGAUAACGCAUCACCACCACCAGCCCUUAUCCGAAGAGACGAAUCUCUUCUUGAUUCAUCAAACUCUUCUUUCGAGUUCCACAUCUCAAACAACUUUGAUCCUGGAGACUCCUCACCAGCCGAUGAGAUCUUCGCUGACGGCAUGAUCCUCCCUUUCCAUGUAACCCCACCUUCCACCGCACCAAAACGUCUCUACAAAUACGAACUCCCUCCCAUUACCUCCUCUCUUUCUCCAUCUCCUCUCCCUCCACAACCAUUACCGCCAAAACACAUCGAGAAGGACACCAGCGGUGCAAACUCGGACUCAGAAGCAGAGAAGUCGUCAAAGUCGUUUUGGAGUUUCAAGAGAAGCUCGAGUCUCAACUGCGACUUAAAGAAGAGUCUGAUCUGUUCGUUUCCUCGUCUCACGAGAAGCAACUCUACAGGUUCGGUUACUAAUUCAAAGAGAGCAAUGCUGAGAGAUGUUAACAACCAUAGGGUCUCUCCCACUUCUUCUUCUUCUUCUUCCUCUGUCUGUUGCAACUAUCACUUCAGGCCUCAGAAGCACACAGGCAAGAAAGGUGAAGCAGGAGGAGGAAGCUUUUCGGCUAUUCCAGUCCUCAGUGGUCCGUCUACGUUUGGGUUAGGAUCGUUUCUACGUCACUCAAAGAAGAAGAAGAACAAGAAGUAGUAGAUGGCUACAUGAACAGAGAGUCUCGAUAAAUUGUUUUUAUUUCCUCGUUUGAUUGUUGUCUACAUAUUGUUGGGUGUUUUUUCGUGUUACUACUAAACGUUUUAGGUUGCUGUAUUAUUUUGAACAGGACACAACCUUAAUGACACAUUUAGCAAUCAGACUGAAGUGGUCAUAUCUAACAGAAGCUACUUGUAACACAAUGAAUUUUAUUGCGAAUAAUACCAAGUUUUUUUGUUGAUACAAAAGGACUCUUUUCUUUGAAUUGUCAAUGAAGA